UUAGCAUUACCAGUCAUGGCAGUGUUCUUUGAUUCCGAGAAAGGUAUUUGGAAUACCUCUGUACUUGAAUUUAGUCUAAUGCUGGAAGAUGCUUUAAGACACGAUUUACAAUCAUACAUUACUCUCAUCACAGGAGUUGUCCUUGCAGUUUUAGGGCCUUUGACCACAAUUGCAAAUGCAAUUGUCAUCGCUGCUAUAUGGAAGGAUCCAUUUAAACAACUUCGUAGGUCUCCUUCAAAUAUAAUCAUUGCAAGCAUGGCCACAUGCGACGUUCUUGUUGGUACAAUUUGUAGUGUACUUCUUGCCUUCUGGUUUAUCAGCUUAUCUCUAGACGCACAAUUACCAAAUUAUUACACUUUAGUGACAGUUGCUUUAACAUCAAGUUUGAUAGGAAUAUCUAUUAUGCAUGUUCUUGCCCUAACUAUCGACAGAAUAGUAGCUGUUGCUAAUCCUCUGCUCUACAAGUCUCGAGUAACGAGAAAAAGAGUUUUAACAGCUGUUUUUUUAAUCUGGAUAUCCAUUCUGGCAGUUGAGCUCCUGCAAAUUCCAAAUCACAAGACUAGCACAAUCAUGACAAUGGUAAUAAUGGUUGUGUUUGGUGUCGUCGAAAUCACGCUUUCUAUUCUUUGGGUUUAUAUCAUUGUUACUGUACGCAAAGAAACUAAGAAAAUACGAACUAACGUGGGCCUCGGUGGAGACACAAGAACUUUCUUGGAAAGAGAAAGAAAAACGACCAAAGCAAUACUAACAGUUUUAGUUUUAUUUUUAAUUUGCUUUCCACCUUUCCAAAUAACAUUUAUGAUAGGUCUAUUAUGCUUCUCCUGUAAAGGUCAUUUAAACGUUCUUUUAACACUUUUAUGUUUCUCUACCAUUGUUGCAAACUCUAAUUCAUUAGUUAAUCCUUUUCUGUACGCUUUUCGACUACCUAAGUUUGCGAAGCCUAUUGCUUUGAUACUUAAGCUCUUAUGUCCUUGUACAUGAAGGAAACAACGAAUGUGAGAAUGUUUAAUAUUAUCUAAAUUAAAAUAUUGUAGUUUUGAGCCCUCUGCCUUUCGAUACACGACUUGCACCACUAGGUCACGUGACCCUACCUCCCUUAAAACGAGCAGUUGUGUGAAAACGAACUUUAGUCAUGAAAAGAACAGCUGAACAUUAGUAAGAACACGAAGUUUCAGCUCAUAAUGUUGACUUUAGGAUAAAUGACAUAAAAUAUAAAAUAUAAAAACGAAUAUUUUAUAAGGAUUUGGAUGGGAAAAUGUGCUGGAUUUAAUGCCACUUCUCCUUUUUCGCUUGUUAUGACCUAGAACUCCGCCACGCUACUCAUAUUGAGGUGUUCUUUUCACGAUUUAUGUCGUUCAUUUUGACAUAGCUGCUCGUUUUAAGGGAAGUAGGAUCAGCGCGUGACCUGUUAGUGCAAGUCGCCUUCAACAUGUACAUAAUAUUACGUCUGCACGAUGGCGUCUUAGUUUUAUUUCUAUUGCUUCAUUAAAAUAGUAACAUAAAAUAC